ACAAGCAUCACUUUAUGAGUGUGCAAGUGAGCCUUCACACUAUAAAAAGCAGUCUCACCCUGUCCAGCUUCAGUUAAACUCAACGCUUGUCACUAUCAACUUCCCCAGAUCUUUAACCGAGAAACGAAGACAGAAGCAUAAUGAGUGCCGCCGCGCUGCAGACCACAGGUUUUGUUUCAGGCGUCAUCGGUACGGCUGGAGUUUUUGCAGCCACGCUUAUGGAUGUCUGGUGCGCCAGAAACCAGCAGGAGCACAAGGUAACUUCCAUCUACACUUAUAAGGGCCUGUGGAAGGAUUGUGAGGUGUCCAGCUCUGGAUUCCCUGAGUGCCAACCUCUCUACAGCCAUCUGAACUACUCAGGACUCCUUCAGGCUACAAGAGCUUUGAUGGUAGUAGCAAUUCUAGCGAGUGUGAUCGCAGUUUUCAUCGGAUUCUUCUGCCUUAAGUGCCUCAAAAUGAGAAGUAUGGAGUUAUCGACCAGGGCCAAACUGAUACUAAGCACAGGGAUCAUCUUUAUCAUUGCCGGCCUUUGUGGUAUUUCUGGAGCAUCAGUGUAUGCUGAUCAAAUUGUGCCUAGUUUCAUGAUGACCCCAUACAAUCAAAAGCAAGGAGAGAAGGGAGGGGUACAAUGUGGGAAUAACAUGGGCAUGGGAGGAAUUGAUUCAUUUGCUUCCAGGUACACAUUUGGUCCCGCCCUCUACAUAGCCUGGGUAGGAGGAGCUUUGUUACUCCUGGGAGGAAUUUUGAAGUGCGUCGCAUUCAAAAGAAUGCAAACGAACACUGAUAUGAGAGAAAGAUAUAUUUACAACGCCCCAGCCCAGUGCAGGGCAGAAGAUGAAGAGUCCCAUGUCCAGAGAGUCCAAGGAGAACAAAGAAAUUAAUGUUUUAUGAAUUAAUGUAAACGUUUUCCCAAAUCAUGUCAGGCCUAUAUGUACUGCCUUGCAAUGAUGAACUGAAGCACAUUUUCUGUGUGCUGUUUUCGAUAAUUACAGUGAAAAUGUGUUCUUUGUUUUUUAAUGUCUCUAUUGAAAAGUCUUGAUUGUAUAUGGGUAAAUUGGUCAAAUAAGGUUGGAACGUCACAGGU